AUGCUCCUGCCCGUGGUGGUCCUUGCCUCUGCCCUGCUCCUCUGCUCCGUGACCAGCCAGAGUUGUCCAACCUUCAUGGGGAUCAGGGAUGUCACACACCUCAUUGACAAACUGCAGGAAUAUCCAGCUUCAAAAUGCAGCUGCAGCCGCGCCAAUGUGACCGAUUGUUUGUGUCUGACCAUUCCUUCUGACAACUGCACCACAACGUGCUUCCAGGAAGGUCUGUCCCAGAUGACCAACUCCACUGUGGGAACAAGAUACACCCUGAUUUUCAAUCGAGUAAAAAGAACAGUCCAAGACCUAAAGAAAAACAAGUGCCAGUUUUUUUCCUGUGAACAGCCAUGUAACCAAACCACAACAGGCAACACACUGACGUUUCUGCGGAGUCUCCAGGAAACUCUUCAGAAACAAAGGGCGAUAGGCAAAGUCUGA